AUGUCGACGUCCACCUCCAGCAACGCUGGGCCCUCUUCCCCUCAAGCCACCACCAUCGACUUCGCAUCCAUACCCUUCACCGCCGGCAUCCCUAUGGCGUCAGCAAUCGCGAAUGCCGGCGCUGGCGCGGCUGGUCCAGGUCUCGGUUGGAGGGACCCUCCCAAAGGCCUCGAACUUUCUCAGGUACACUACCUCGUUCGUCACGGUGAACGAACACCAGUGCGCAAACGUCUCACACACAUCCUCCCAGAGAGAUGGAACCUGUGUCGGGCUGGGCGCGAGUUUGACGCUUGUGUGCUCGACUUGACUCCCAGCGCAUCCAAUUCGAUCGCCCCUUUCCAGGUUGGGCAGGUCAGUCCAGGCAAGACCGCUACCGCGUACAGCAGCAUCAUGCGCAUGCGUCGCAGCGUCGAAACCGAAUCGUCCAUCUCCGGGCGAGGUCAGAAGGACCAAGAAGAAGGCGAAUGCAUGCUCGGCGAACUCACCGACCUAGGUCGUCUGUCGACGCUUCGAUUCGGUCGCGAGCUUCGGGGCCUCUACGUCGACCGUCUAGGCUUCUUGCCGCAACUGCUCACCAGCAAGGAUCACGAUGCGCUCUACUUCCGGAGCACCAACAUGUCCCGCACCAUUGAGAGUCUCGAACAGGUCAUCCGAGGUCUGCAUUCCAACGCGCCGCAACCCAACACAGAGGGUCAAUUCAUCCCAAAAGUGCUGGUCCGCAAUGGCACCGACGAAAACCUUCUGCCCAACACCUUUGGCUGCUCUCGACUAGGCGCACUCGACAGAGCCUUUGCCGACGCCGCAGCUCGCGCCUAUAACCCUUCGCUGGAGGAGUUCGACAGCCAGUUUGAAUCCGUGACGGGUGCCAAGCCGCGCAUCGACGGACGACCUCGUCUCAACGGCAUUCUCGACUCGGUCAAAGCGGCACAAGCGCACGGCUUCCCCAUGCCUGCCGCGCUCUCCGACCCACGAAUGCAGCAAAAGGUCGAAACAGCCGUCGUCGCCGAAUGGUUCAGCGGAUACAACGACCCUGACCCGGAGAAGAGGACCGAGUUCCGCCGUCUCGCCAUGGGUCGACUUGUCAAUGACUUGGCAACACGUAUGUCGUCCCGCGCUGAGAACGGUGCGCAGGAUCCGCUCAAAUUCGCAGUCUACGCCACGCACGACACGGCACUCGCUGGACUGCUCAACACGCUCGACUGCUUUGACGGUCGCUGGCCGACCUUCACUUCGUCGAUGGGCAUCGAGCUCUUCCGCGACACUUCGGCGCCGACGACCUCUUCCGUAUUUGGCAAGGUGCAGAAUCUUCUUGGCUUCAAAUCUGCACAGCAACAGCACUACGUACGAGUGCGAUACGGCGACCGCGACAUGAAGCUGCCAGCAUGCGCUGCACCGGGCAAGCACUACGAGGGCAAGCCCGAGCUGUGCACGUUGGAAGCAUUCAAGGAGAUCGCCAAGUCGCUGCAGCAUCCCAAAGGCUGGUCUUGGGAGCAGCAGUGUGCCGUCGGUCAAGGACCUAAGUCGUCCAAGUAG